UUCUAUUUUGAACUAUUGCAUUUCCAUUUACUCACUGCUACACCCACACCCACACCCACACGACACGACUUAUGGAUGCUCAAAGUCUUUGCAAGUCAACUCUCCUACUCUAUAUUCCAAGUCUUUCUUUCAGCUUGGUUUUAAUUGUAUUUCAUUAGAGCUGAGGCAGGCAAUCAACCCUUUCUUCCUCCAUCUCUCUGCCCUCAAAAUGAUUUCUCCUUCUUUCUCAUCAUAUCUGCCUCUUCCUCUUCCUCUUCCUCUGUUUUGUUUAUUAUUUAUCAUGCUUGGGACCCCUGUUUCACUAACCACUGCCUGGUUUGAGCCUGAGUUCGAGAACUGCCGUGAUAGCAAGUUCAAAUGUGGGAGUAUCACUGCUGGAUUUCCUUUCCAUGGAGGUGAUCGAGAAAAAGAAUGCGGACAUCCAGAUUUAGAGCUUGAGUGUGGCGAUGACAUGGCCACGAUGAAAAUUCGCGAUGUACGGUAUCGCGUGCUUGAGAUCCUACCUGAUCGUCAAAUCCUAAGAAUUUUGAGUGAGAAGGUGAUCAACAAAGGCAUUUGUCCGCCUCCAUUUCCAGAUGCAGAUUGGAUCCAAGAUUCUCCGGUGUUUACUCCCGGUCCCGGCUUUGCCAGUGUUACACUGUUUUAUGACUGCCUCUCUCGCAUCUCACCAGAUCUUCUAUUCUUUACUUGCAAUAAAAAUUAUGAUCAUAGUAAUGUUUCGGUAGCAAUAGCAAAUAAUACUAGUAUCCAUCCAGAGGCAUGCUUACAUCGUGCCAAUGUUAUGAUUCCUGAAACUUCCUUGGAAAGCCUCCGCAAUCAUUCCCCGGAUUGGAAAGGAGCCUUGGAAACAGGAUUCGAGGUGCAAUGGAGGAAGAACUAUGCAGAAGAAUGCUGGAAAUGCACUUCUUCCGGUGGAGCCUGCGGUUUGGGCAUCCACGAUGAAGCCUACUGCUACUGCCCACCUGGAAAAUGGAGUGGGCCGGAAGGCAAAGAAUGUCGGCCCCAUACAGAAAUUACCAAACUCCAGGAAAUUUCCUACAAUGAACAGGAAAUUCGGGGAGACUCUUGCUGCCAAACUCAUACACACGCGAUCAGCAUGUCUUCAUCAACAUAUCCUGGUUGCAAACAUAAAAGUGCUAUUGUGAUUAGUUGCAGUGAAUAUCGAUAG